AUGCUUGAAGGAAUCGAGGCUAGAUCGGUGGUCGUCGGGAAGGUUGAAGGGAUGAUUUGUCAAUCCGGAAUUGUCGCAGUACGAUUGGUGCAGGCCGAUAUAGAAGUGGGGCAAUAUUUUAACCCUGAUUCUUUGAGACAAAUUUAUUUUGAGAUUGAAGAGGUUCACAAUUCAUCCGACCAUAACACGAUGGAGGAGGGAGAACGGCCCAGGAAGCUACAGAAGAGGCAACAUAAUGAAACAAUAGAGUCAAAUUCAACAGACAAUGGCGAACCUAUGAUGGCUGGUGCACUAAAAGCUGGUGAUGAGCCUAUUGUCGACGACCAAAAAAAUCCCGUCGAAGCUACUAGACCGACACGAACAGCAAAGCUAAUCGAAGAGCAAUCGAACGAAAUGGAAGACGAGCAAGAAGGGACAACAGAAGAAAACACCACGACACAGACAGCCCCUCUGUCAAAGAAACAGCAAAAACGACUGCUCAGACAGCAAAAGUGGGAUGAACAAAAAGAAGAACGCAAGAAACGGCGCAAAGAGAAGAACACCCAACGCAAAAUGCGCAAAAGAGAGGAAUGGAAACAGGUGGUAGAAGAGAAUGGAGGCCAGGCUCCGCCCAGAAAGCAUUCGGUUCUUGUCCCCGUGGCAGUGGUGAUUGACUGUGGAUGGGACGAAUUGAUGGCUGACCGGGAGCGGAUAUCACUCGGCUCACAAAUCACACGGUCUUACUCGGAUAAUUCAAAAGCGCCGUAUCGGACUCAUUUGGCGAUAUCUUCUUUCGACAAAUUAUUGAAAGUGCGGUUUGAUACGGUCCUUCGCAAAAUGCAUGAGAAUUGGAGGGGUGUCCACUUUAUGCAAGAAGACUUCGUGCAUGCCGCUGAACAAGCCAAGGAAUGGAUGAAAGGGCCAGGAGGUGGAAAACUGGAAGGCGCCCUUGCGAAUAAGGAAGAUGCUAUACCCGAGAACGGAGAAGUUAUAUACUUGAGCAGUGACAGUCCCAAUACGUUGACGGAGCUCAAACCAUACAGCACAUAUAUAGUUGGCGGACUGGUGGACAAAAACAGGCAUAAAGGAGUCUGUUACCAGAGAGCGAUAGAAAAGGGCAUCAAAACUGCAAAACUGCCCAUUGGCGAAUAUCUGCGCAUGGCUUCGAGACCUGUUUUGGCCACAAAUCACGUUGUGGAGAUUAUGCUGCGAUGGUUGGAACUUGGGGAUUGGGGGGAGGCCUUUUUGAAGGUUAUUCCACAACGGAAGGGCGGUAUCCUCAAGAACCCCAAAUCGAAUGAUACAGAGGAAGUCGGAAACGAAGAGGAGUCGGGGAUGGGUGCUACUGAUGCGGAAAUGGCAUCAUCUGAGGAAGAGAAUGGUAGUGAAGCCGAAGGUGACGAGUGUGAGAAGGGCUCCGCAGAAGUAUCCGUAUCAUACGCAUGAACUGCCCAGUUCUGUCUCUUACAUUCUAGUCAGACAGUUUGGUCCAAGUACUAGCACAUUGUUCAGC